AUGCUGCUGUACACUGCUGUGCUGCUUCUCAUUGCUGCAGUCUCUGCUAAGAUUGUUCCACCUCCAACAAACGUGACUGUGAGAUGCCAAAAUCUCACCACCACAGUCCACUGGGAAUACAGCAAGCAGGAGCCACCAACCAGAUUCAGGGUAAACAUCGGAGGAGAGAACUGGGAACGUGAAAACAGAACCUCUGACCAUCAGUAUGAUCUGAGCCACUUCAUCUGGGAAUCUGAAGAUCACUACAUGGGAUUUAUUUCUGUCACUGUAACGGCCAUACAAGGAGUCAAUGAGUCCAUAUCAGUGGCGUCUAAAUCAUUCUCCUAUAAUGAUAAAAAGACAGUUGAUUUACUUUGCAAGUUAGAUUUCCCUCCUGUUGAACUGACUCUGGCGGAUUCGGGGCCCAUGGUGAGUUUCCAGAAUCCGGUCCACUACAACAAACAACAGCGGGGUGAUCCCAUUUUUUUGUUCAAAGUGUGGGCAGAUGGGACUGAAUAUUCUGGGGACUGCAGACGAGCCCAGAACAUCUGCAGACUCGAUAUCCCUGUGGUUAAGAAUCCGUGUGUUAAGCUGACAGGAGAAUUGUGGAGUAAUGAAAUUGGCUUUACGCCUUUCAGAGAGAAGGACAACGUCUGUGCCAUUGAAUCGGAUGAUGAACUGAUGCAGAUUGAAACACAUGCAGAUCCCCAUGUGAUGACCCUGGUUAUAAUGCUGGUCGUCCUUCUCCUCAUUAUCAUUGGGGUAACUUUCCUCAUCUGCAAGGUGAAAGCAUGGACAAUGAAGACACCGCCUCAACCAAGUACUCUGGAACCUCUGAUAAAUAGAGGACCAGGGAAUCACAUUGUGUCUGAAAGUGACCCAGUAAGGGUUGAGGUGGUCGCCCCCAACCGCAAGAAGAGCCUCCCGGGCAGCUUGGAGGAGAGCAAUCAGGAGAUCGAUCACUGCGGGAGAUCCCAAGACGAUAACAGCGCCGGCUCUGAUCUCCAGCACGCUCCCGUGUCCUUGUACCAAGAGAGAAGACUUUCAGAGAGCAGCAGCAGUGAGGAACUGGAAGCUGGGGGGCAAAGGACAGAUGACGACUCUCCAGAUGACUCUGUGAAAACAGACGACACAUCGGUUGAUUCGAUGGAAGAGGAGGACAGGUCACCCUACGACCGUCCACACGCUCACGUGGCCGUGGACGUGGGCGAUGGAGAAAUGGUAGAGGCAUACAAGUAG